UGUAAGCAGUGACGUAUCGAUCUUCUCCCUACAAAUCCUAAAUCUUCUUCUCUGAGAGAGCCAUCAGCCACCUUUUCUCCGGCCGAAAUGAGUUCAUAAGAUUCCGUUAACGUCUUCCUGAUUUUUCCGGCGAAAUUGCACUCUUACCUCUCCUUUUGACUCCCAGAGAUUAGAGGAUUGGUAGUUAUUAGUGAUGUGUAGUCUUUAAAGGGGUAAAACUUUGAAGCAGGGGAUUUGUUUUUGGUUAUUGAGGAGGAAGAAGAUGGGGUUUGAGCCGUUGGAUUGGUACUGUAAGCCGGUGCCGAAUGGUGUGUGGACAAAAACAGUGGAUUAUGCAUUUGGUGCAUACACGCCUUGUGCUAUUGACUCUUUUGUGCUUGGCAUCUCUCAUCUUGUUCUGUUGAUUCUGUGCCUUUAUCGAUUAUGGCUCAUCACAAAGGAUCACAAAGUGGAUAAGUUCUGCUUGAGGUCUAAAUGGUAUAACUAUUUCCUGGCUCUUUUGGCUGCUUAUGGUACUGCUGAGCCUUUGUUUAGAUUGGUCAUGAGGAUCUCUGUUUUGGAUUUGGAUGGAGCUGGGUUUCCUCCGUAUGAGGCGUUCAUGUUGGUCUUGGAGGCUUUUGCUUGGGGUUCUGCAUUGGUCAUGACUGUUGUGGAAACUAAAACGUAUAUUCAUGAACUCCGUUGGUAUGUCAGAUUCGCUGUCAUUUAUGCUCUUGUGGGAGACAUGGUGUUGUUAAAUCUUGUUCUCUCGGUGAAGGAGUACUAUGGCAGUUUUAAACUGUAUCUUUACAUAAGCGAGGUGGCAGUUCAGGUCGCAUUUGGAACUCUCUUGUUUGUGUAUUUCCCUAAUUUGGAUCCUUACCCUGGUUACACACCAAUUGGGACUGAAACUUCAGAGGAUUACGAGUAUGAAGAGCUUCCUGGAGGAGAAAAUAUAUGUCCUGAGAGGCAUGCAAAUUUAUUUGACAGUAUAUUCUUCUCAUGGUUGAAUCCAUUGAUGACUCUGGGAUCGAAACGGCCUCUCACGGAGAAGGAUGUAUGGCAUCUGGACACUUGGGAUAAAACUGAAACUCUCAUGAGGAGCUUCCAGAGGUCCUGGGAUAAGGAACUAGAAAAGCCCAAACCUUGGCUUUUGAGAGCACUGAACAACAGCCUUGGGGGAAGGUUUUGGUGGGGUGGCUUCUGGAAGAUUGGGAAUGACUGUUCACAGUUCGUGGGGCCUCUUCUACUGAAUGAGCUCUUAAAGUCAAUGCAACUUAAUGAACCAGCGUGGAUAGGUUACAUCUAUGCAAUCUCAAUCUUUGUUGGAGUGGUAUUGGGGGUUCUAUGUGAAGCUCAGUAUUUCCAAAAUGUGAUGCGUGUUGGUUACCGGCUUAGGUCUGCACUGAUUGCUGCUGUGUUCCGAAAAUCGCUGAGGCUAACUAAUGAAGGGCGGAAGAAGUUUCAAACAGGAAAAAUAACAAACUUAAUGACGACUGAUGCUGAAUCGCUGCAGCAAAUCUGCCAAUCACUUCAUACCAUGUGGUCGGCGCCAUUUCGUAUAAUUGUAGCGCUGGUUCUCCUCUACCAACAAUUGGGUGUUGCCUCGAUCAUCGGUGCAUUGUUUCUUGUCCUUAUGUUCCCUAUACAGACUAUUAUUAUAAGCAAGACGCAGAAGUUAACAAAAGAAGGGUUGCAGCGUACUGACAAGAGAAUUGGCCUAAUGAACGAGGUUUUAGCCGCAAUGGAUACAGUGAAGUGCUAUGCUUGGGAAAACAGUUUUCAGUCCAAGGUUCAAACUGUACGUGAUGAUGAAUUAUCUUGGUUCCGGAAAGCACAACUCCUGUCAGCGUUCAAUAUGUUCAUUCUAAACAGCAUUCCUGUCCUCGUGACUGUUGUUUCAUUUGGUGUGUUCUCAUUGCUUGGAGGAGAUCUGACACCUGCAAGAGCGUUUACGUCACUUUCUCUAUUUUCUGUGCUUCGCUUCCCUUUGUUCAUGCUUCCAAACAUUAUAACUCAGAUGGUAAAUGCUAGUGUAUCCUUAAACCGUUUGGAGGAGGUACUAUCGACGGAAGAGAGAGUUCUCUUACCGAAUCCUCCCAUUGAACCUGGACAGCCAGCUAUCUCAAUAAGAAAUGGAUAUUUCUCCUGGGAUUCAAAGGCGGAUAGGCCAACCUUGUCAAAUAUCAACCUGGACAUACCUCUUGGCAGCCUAGUUGCGGUAGUUGGCAGCACAGGAGAAGGAAAAACCUCCCUGAUAUCUGCUAUGCUUGGGGAACUUCCUGCAAGAUCUGAUGCUACAGUUACUCUUAGAGGAUCAGUCGCUUAUGUUCCACAAGUUUCAUGGAUCUUUAACGCAACAGUACGUGACAAUAUAUUGUUUGGGGCUCCUUAUGACCAAGAAAAAUAUGAAAGGGUGAUUGAUGUGACAGCACUGCAGCAUGACCUUGAGUUACUGCCUGGUGGUGACCUCACGGAGAUUGGAGAAAGGGGUGUUAACAUCAGUGGGGGACAAAAGCAGAGGGUUUCUAUGGCUAGGGCCGUUUACUCAAAUUCAGAUGUGUGCAUCUUCGAUGACCCAUUGAGUGCCCUUGAUGCGCAUGUUGGUCAGCAGGUUUUUGAAAAAUGCAUAAAAAGAGAACUAGGGCAGACAACGAGAGUACUUGUUACAAACCAGCUCCACUUCCUAUCACAAGUGGAUAAAAUCCUACUUGUCCAUGAGGGAACAGUAAAAGAAGAAGGAACAUAUGAAGAAUUAUGCCAUAGUGGCCCAUUGUUCCAGAGGUUAAUGGAAAAUGCAGGGAAGGUUGAAGAAUAUUCAGAAGAAAUUGGAGAAGCUGAAGUAGAUCAAACAUCUGUAAAACCAGUUGAAAAUGGGAACACUAAUAAUCUGCAGAAGGAUGGAAUCGAGACAAAGAAAUCCAAAGAAGGAAACUCUGUGCUUGUCAAGCGAGAAGAACGUGAAACUGGAGUUGUGAGUUGGAAAGUCCUGGAGAGGUACCAGAAUGCACUUGGAGGUGCAUGGGUAGUGAUGAUGCUCCUUAUAUGCUACGUCUUGACUCAAGUAUUUCGGGUUUCAAGCAGCACUUGGUUGAGUGAGUGGACUGAUGCAGGAACUCCAAAGACUCAUGGACCCCUAUUCUAUAAUAUUGUCUAUGCGCUUCUUUCGUUUGGACAGGUCUCUGUGACAUUGAUCAAUUCAUAUUGGUUGAUUAUGUCCAGUCUAUAUGCAGCUAAAAAGAUGCAUGAUGCUAUGCUUGGUUCCAUACUAAGGGCUCCAAUGGUCUUCUUUCAAACCAAUCCAUUAGGACGGAUAAUCAAUCGAUUUGCUAAAGAUAUGGGCGAUAUUGAUCGAACUGUGGCAGUCUUUGUAAACAUGUUUAUGGGUUCAAUCGCACAGCUUCUUUCAACUGUUAUCUUGAUUGGCAUUGUCAGCACUCUGUCCCUGUGGGCCAUCAUGCCCUUGUUGGUCGUGUUCUAUGGAGCUUAUCUGUAUUACCAGAACACAUCUCGUGAAAUUAAACGUAUGGAUUCCACUACAAGAUCGCCAGUUUAUGCUCAAUUUGGAGAGGCAUUGAAUGGGCUAUCUAGUAUCCGUGCUUAUAAAGCAUAUGACAGGAUGGCUGAAAUUAACGGAAGGUCAAUGGAUAAUAACAUCAGAUUCACACUUGUAAACAUGGCUGCAAAUCGGUGGCUGGGAAUUCGUUUGGAAGUUUUGGGAGGUCUCAUGGUUUGGUUGACUGCGUCAUUAGCCGUCAUGCAGAACGGAAAGGCAGAGAACCAACAAGCAUAUGCAUCUACGAUGGGUUUGCUUCUCAGUUAUGCGUUAAGCAUUACCAGCUCUUUAACAGCUGUACUGAGACUCGCGAGUCUAGCUGAGAAUAGUUUAAACUCGGUUGAGCGUGUUGGAAAUUAUAUCGAGAUACCAUCAGAGGCUCCAUUGAUCAUUGAAAACAACCGUCCACCUCCCGGAUGGCCAUCAUCUGGAUCCAUAAAAUUCGAGGAUGUUGUUCUUCGUUACCGCCCUGAAUUACCUCCUGUUCUCCAUGGAGUUUCGUUCUUGAUUUCUCCAAUGGAUAAGGUGGGAAUUGUUGGAAGAACAGGCGCUGGGAAAUCAAGCCUCUUAAAUGCCUUAUUCCGGAUUGUGGAGCUCGAAAAAGGAAGGAUCUUGAUCGAUGAAUGCGACAUUGGCAGAUUUGGACUGAGAGACCUACGUACAGUGCUCGGAAUCAUACCACAGGCGCCAGUUCUUUUCUCAGGUACUGUGAGAUUCAAUCUCGACCCAUUUAGUGAACACAACGAUGCCGAUCUUUGGGAAUCUCUUGAGAGGGCACACUUGAAAGAUACUAUACGCAGAAAUCCUCUUGGUCUUGAUGCUGAGGUAACUGAGGCAGGAGAGAAUUUCAGUGUUGGACAGAGACAGUUGUUGAGUCUUGCACGUGCAUUGUUGCGAAGAUCUAAGAUACUUGUUCUUGAUGAAGCAACUGCUGCUGUUGACGUUAGAACUGAUGUUCUCAUCCAAAAGACCAUCCGAGAAGAAUUCAAGUCCUGCACGAUGCUAAUCAUCGCUCAUCGUCUCAAUACUAUCAUUGACUGUGACAAAGUUCUCGUCCUUGAUUCUGGAAAAGUUCAGGAAUUCAGUUCACCGGAGAAUCUUCUUUCAAACGGAGAAAGUUCUUUCUCGAAGAUGGUUCAAAGUACAGGAACUGCAAACGCGGAGUACUUACGUAGUAUAACACUUGAGAACAAACGUACCAGAGAUGCUAACGGUGAUGAUUCACAACCUUUAGAAGGUCAGAGGAAAUGGCAAGCUUCUUCUCGCUGGGCUGCAGCGGCUCAGUUUGCUUUGGCUGUGAGCCUCACUUCAUCUCACAACGACCUUCAAAGCCUUGAAAUCGAAGAUGAUAACAGCAUUUUGAAGAAAACGAAGGACGCCGUCGUCACUCUACGCAGUGUUCUUGAAGGGAAACACGAUAAAGAGAUUGAAGACUCUCUUAACCAAAGUGACAUCUCUAGAGAGCGUUGGUGGCCAUCUCUUUACAAAAUGGUUGAAGGGCUUGCGGUGAUGAGCAGAUUGGCGAGGAACCGAAUGCAACACCCGGAUUACAAUUUAGAAGGGAAAUCGUUUGACUGGGACAAUGUUGAGAUUUUGUGUAUUCAAGGUUUGAUUGAAAAAGAGAUGGGUUUUGAAGCUUUGAAUUGGUAUUGCAAGCCAAUUGCAGACGGAUUUUGGGAAAAGGCAGUGGAUGGUGCCUUUGGCGCCUAUACGCCUUGUGCCAUUGACUCACUUGUGAUGCUUGUUUCUCACUUUGUGCUUCUGGGGUUAUUGGCUUGUUACUGUGUUGUUGAGCCUGUACUGAGAUUGUUCAUGGGGAUUUCACUCUUUGACAUGGAUGAAGACACUGAUCUUCCUCCCUUUGAGGUUUCAUCUUUAAUGGUUGAGGCAUUCGCUUGGUUCUCCAUGCUUGUUUUGAUCGGACUAGAAACCAAACAAUAUGUCAAAGAGUUCAGAUGGUAUGUGAGAUUUGGUGUUUUAUAUGUUUUGGUUGCUGAUGCUGUGCUGCUGGAUCUUGUGUUGCCUCUCAAGAACUCAAUCAAUAGAACUGCCCUAUAUCUCUGUAUCAGUUCAAGAUGUUCCCAGGCUCUUUUUGGAAUUCUUCUUCUUAUUUACAUUCCGGAACUGGACCCUUAUCCGGGUUACCAUAUUGUAAACGAUGAACCGUCAGACAAUGUUGAAUAUGAUGCACUUCGAGGGGGAGAGCACAUAUGUCCCGAGCGACAUGCCAGCAUAUUUUCCAGAAUAUACUUUGGUUGGAUCACGCCGCUUAUGCAGUUAGGCUACAGAAAACCCAUAACAGAGAAGGAUGUUUGGCAAUUAGACAAAUGGGACCAGACAGAAACUCUAAUCAAAAGAUUCCAAAGAUGUUGGACUGAAGAAUCACGGAGACCUAAGCCGUGGCUUCUCCGAGCACUAAAUAAUAGCCUUGGUCGAAGAUUCUGGUUGGGUGGUAUUUUCAAGAUUGGAAAUGAUCUUUCUCAAUUUGUUGGACCGGUUAUACUGAGCCAUCUAUUGCGGUCAAUGCAAGAAGGUGAUCCAGCUUGGGUUGGCUAUGUCUAUGCUUUCAUUAUAUUCGUUGGGGUGACACUUGGAGUGCUUUGCGAAGCCCAGUACUUUCAGAAUGUAUGGCGGGUGGGAUUUCGGUUGAGAUCAACUUUGGUUGCAGCUAUAUUCCACAAAUCGCUAAGACUAACUCAUGAAGCUCGCAAGAAUUUUGCAUCUGGGAAAGUAACAAACAUGAUAACUACAGAUGCUAAUGCACUUCAGCAAAUAUCACAACAGCUCCAUGGCUUAUGGUCAGCUCCCUUUCGCAUCAUUGUGUCUAUGAUUCUUCUCUAUCAACAACUAGGAGUUGCUUCGCUUUUCGGUUCAUUGAUUCUGUUUCUACUAAUUCCUCUCCAGACUCUGAUUAUAAGCAAAAUGCGGAAACUGACUAAAGAAGGACUCCAGUGGACUGACAAAAGAGUCGGUAUCACGAAUGAGAUAUUGUCAUCCAUGGAUACUGUAAAAUGCUAUGCAUGGGAGAAGAGCUUCGAGUCCCGGAUUCAAGGAAUUAGAAAUGAAGAGCUCUCAUGGUUUCGUAAAGCACAGUUACUAUCAGCUUUUAAUAGUUUUAUACUGAAUAGCAUCCCGGUAGUUGUGACUGUGGUUUCUUUUGGCGUUUUCGUUCUGCUCGGAGGAGAUUUGACACCAGCAAGAGCAUUCACAUCUCUUUCUCUCUUUGCAGUACUAAGAUUUCCUCUCAAUAUGCUACCAAAUCUUCUAAGUCAGGUUGUCAAUGCUAAUGUUUCACUACAACGCAUUGAGGAACUACUUCUAAGUGAAGAGAGAAUUCUAGCACAAAACCCACCUCUUCAACCAGGAACUCCAGCCAUUUCAAUUAAGAAUGGAUAUUUUUCAUGGGAUUCAAAGACAACCAAGCCCACAUUAUCCGAUAUCAAUUUGGAGAUACCGGUGGGCAGCUUGGUUGCCAUUGUAGGUGGAACUGGAGAAGGUAAGACGUCACUUAUUUCGGCAAUGCUGGGGGAGUUAUCUCAUGCUGAAACCUCGACCUUUGUUAUUAGAGGCUCUGUAGCUUAUGUUCCUCAAGUUUCGUGGAUCUUUAAUGCCACUGUGCGUGAAAACAUUUUAUUUGGGUCAGAUUUUGAGUCUGAAAGAUAUUGGAGGGCUAUUGAUGCUACUGCCUUACAACACGAUCUUGAUUUGCUUCCAGGUCGUGAUCUUACUGAGAUUGGAGAACGUGGGGUGAAUAUUAGUGGAGGGCAGAAGCAGAGAGUUUCAAUGGCUAGGGCAGUCUACUCAAAUUCAGAUGUUUACAUAUUCGAUGAUCCUUUGAGUGCAUUAGAUGCUCAUGUUGCUCACCAGGUCUUUGAUAGCUGCAUGAAGGAUGAGCUAAGGGGGAAAACAAGGGUUCUUGUCACAAAUCAGCUACAUUUUCUUCCUUUGAUGGAUAGAAUAAUUUUAGUCUCCGAAGGAAUGAUUAAAGAGGAGGGAACCUUUACAGAGCUGUCAAAAAGUGGGAGUUUGUUCAAGAAACUAAUGGAGAAUGCUGGAAAAAUGGACGCAACCCAAGAGGUCAAUACAAAUGACGAGGACAUUUUGAAACUGGGUCCUACUGUCACGAUUGAUGUGAGUGAAAGAAAUCUUGGCAGUACCAAGCAAGGGAAACGGAGAAGAUCUGUGCUUGUAAAGCAAGAAGAACGGGAAACUGGCAUCAUUAGUUGGAAUGUUCUGAUGAGGUAUAAAGAAGCAGUAGGCGGCUUAUGGGUAGUUAUGAUUCUAUUAGCAUGCUAUUUAACAACUGAAGUUCUCCGAGUUUCAAGUAGCACAUGGUUAAGUAUUUGGACUGAUCAAAGCACGUCAAAGAGUUAUAGCCCCGGUUUUUACAUUGUUGUAUAUGCUCUUCUCGGAUUUGGUCAGGUGGCUGUCACGUUCACCAACUCCUUUUGGCUGAUCACAUCAAGUUUACAUGCCGCCAAAAGACUCCAUGACGGGAUGCUAAGUUCUAUUCUUCGAGCUCCUAUGCUCUUCUUCCACACAAACCCAACUGGACGUGUAAUAAACAGAUUUUCUAAGGAUAUUGGUGAUAUAGAUAGAAACGUGGCCAACCUAAUGAAUAUGUUCAUGAACCAGCUAUGGCAACUCCUCUCGACAUUUGCUCUUAUAGGUACUGUCAGUACAAUUUCAUUGUGGGCAAUAAUGCCACUCCUAAUACUGUUUUAUGCAGCAUAUCUCUACUAUCAGAGCACAUCCCGUGAAGUGAGACGUUUGGAUUCCGUUACAAGAUCACCUAUUUAUGCUCAGUUUGGAGAAGCUUUGAAUGGUUUGUCAAGUAUCCGAGCCUACAAAGCCUAUGACCGGAUGGCCAAGAUUAAUGGAAAAUCCAUGGACAACAACAUAAGGUUCACUCUUGCAAAUACUAGCUCAAAUCGUUGGCUCACUAUAAGAUUGGAGACUCUUGGGGGUGUGAUGAUUUGGUUAACUGCAACUUUUGCGGUUCUGCAAAAUGGGAAUGCAGAGAACCAAGCUGCUUUUGCAUCAACGAUGGGUCUCCUUCUUAGUUACACUCUGAAUAUCACUAGUCUAUUAAGUGGUGUUCUAAGGCAAGCUAGCAGAGCGGAGAACAGCUUGAAUUCUGUUGAGCGUGUUGGUAACUACAUUGAUCUUCCUUCUGAGGCUACAGAUAUAAUUGAGAACAAUCGUCCAGUAGCUGGCUGGCCUUCAAGAGGAUCAAUUAAGUUCGAAGACGUCCACCUGCGUUAUCGACCCGGGCUUCCUCCAGUAUUGCAUGGGCUGACCUUUUUUGUUUCUCCCAGUGAGAAAGUAGGAGUUGUGGGAAGAACUGGGGCAGGAAAAUCUUCCAUGCUGAAUGCAUUAUUUCGGAUCGUGGAAGUGGAAAAGGGAAGAAUUAUGAUUGAUGAUUGUGAUGUGGCUAAGUUCGGACUAACAGAUUUACGCAGGGUUCUAAGUAUCAUACCACAAUCUCCUGUUCUUUUCUCAGGGACGGUGAGAUUCAAUAUCGAUCCAUUUAGUGAACAUAAUGAUGCUGACCUCUGGGAAGCUCUACAAAGGGCGCAUAUAAAAGAUGUCAUCAGCAGGAAUCCUUUUGGCCUAGAUGCAGAGGUCUCUGAGGGAGGUGAGAAUUUCAGCGUGGGGCAAAGGCAACUGCUGAGUCUUGCGCGUGCGUUGCUAAGAAGAUCUAAGAUCCUUGUUCUCGAUGAAGCAACAGCAUCUGUUGAUGUCAGAACAGAUUCUCUGAUACAGAGGACCAUCCGUGAGGAAUUCAAGUCUUGUACAAUGCUUGUUAUCGCUCACAGAUUGAAUACCAUCAUCGACUGCGACAAGAUCCUUGUGCUUAGUUCUGGUCAGGUUUUGGAGUAUAAUAGUCCACAAGAAUUGCUAUCAAGAGAUACAAGCGCCUUCUUUAGGAUGGUUCAUAGCACCGGACCAGCAAAUGCUCAGUACCUUUCCAAUUUGGUCUUUGAAAGGCGAGAGAAUGGUUCGAUUGAAAAAAGGAUGGGUUUUGAGGCCUUGAAUUGGUACUGCAAGCCAAUUGCAGAAGGAUUUUGGGAAAAAACACCGGAUGGUGCGUUUGGUGCAUACACGCCUUGUGCGAUUGACUCACUAGUGAUGAUUGUUUCUAACUCUGUGCUUCUGAGUUUGUGUUUCUACCGGAUAUGGAUCACCUUGGACAAUGCCAAAGCUCAGAUUUAUGUUUUGAGGAAGAAGUAUUAUAACUGUGUACUAGGGAUAUUGGCUUCUUACUGUGUUGUUGAGCCUUUACUGAGAUUGUUCAUGGGGAUUUCGCUUUUUGACAUGGGUGAUGAGACUGAUCUUCCUCCCUUUGAGGUUGCAUCCUUAUCGGUUGAGGCAUUCGCUUGGUUCUCCAUGCUUGUUUUGAUUGGACUCGAAACCAAACAAUAUGUUAAAGAGUUCCGAUGGUACGUGAGACUCGGUGUUGUGUAUGUUUUGGUUGCUGAUGCUGUGCUGCUGGACCUUCUGUUGCCUCUCAAGAACUCAAUCAAUAGAACUGCCCUAUAUCUCUGUAUCAGUUCAAGAUGUUGCCAGGCUCUUUUUGGAAUCCUUCUUCUUGUUUUCAUUCCUGAAUUGGACCCUUAUCCAGGUUACCAUAUUCUAAACAAUGAAUCGUUAGACAAUGUUGAAUAUGAUGCACUUCGUGGGGGAGAGAACAUAUGUCCCGAGCGAUAUGCCAGCAUAUUUUCUGAUAAGUUAUUUGACAGAUUCCAAAGUUGCUGGACUGAAGAAUCACGGAGGCCUAAGCCAUGGCUACUCCGAGCACUAAAUAAUAGCCUUGGUCGAAGGUUCUGGUUGGGUGGUAUUUUCAAGGUUGGGCAUGAUCUAUCUCAAUUUGUUGGACCAGUUAUACUGAGCCAUAUCCUGCUGUCAAUGCUAGAAGGUGAUCCAGCUUGGGUUGGCUAUGUCUAUGCUUUCUUAAUUUUCUUUGGGGUGACAUUUGGAGUGCUUUGUCAAUCUCAGUACUUUCAAAAUGUUGGGCGAGUGGGAUUUCGGUUGAGGUCAACUUUGGUUGCAGCUAUAUUCCACAAAUCUUUAAGACUAACCAAUGAAGCUCGCAAGAAUUUUGCAUCUGGGAAAGUCACAAACAUGAUAACUACUGAUGCUAAUGCACUUCAGCUAAUAGCAGAACAGCUCCAUGGUUUAUGGUCAGCUCCCUUUCGCAUCAUUGUGUCUAUGGUUCUUCUCUAUCAACAACUAGGAGUUGCUUCAAUUUUCGGUUCACUCAUUCUAUUUCUCCUAAUUCCUCUCCAGACUCUGGUUGUAAGAAAAAUGCGGAAACUUACUAAAGAAGGACUCCAGUGGACUGACAAAAGAGUCGGUAUCAUAUAUGAGAUUUUGGCAUCCAUGGAUAUUGUAAAAUGCUAUGCAUGGGAGAAGAGCUUCGAGUCCCGGAUUCAAGGAAUUAGAAACGAAGAGCUCUCAUGGUUUCGUAAAGCGCAGUUACUAUCAGCUUUCAAUAGUUUUAUACUGAACAGCACCCCAGUUGUUGUGACCUUGGUUUCAUUUGGGGUUUUUGUUCUGCUUGGAGGAGAUUUGACACCAGCAAGGGCAUUCACAUCUCUUUCUCUAUUUGCAGUUCUAAGAUCUCCUCUCAGCACGCUACCAAAUCUCAUAAGUCAGGCUGUCAACGCAAAUGUUUCACUGCAACGCAUUGAGGAACUACUUUUAAGUGAAGAGAGAGUUCUAGCACAAAACCCACCUCUCCAACCCGGAGCUCCAGCCAUUUCCAUUAAGAAUGGAUAUUUUUCAUGGGAUUCAAAGACAUCCAAACCCACAUUAUCCGAGAUCAAUUUGGAGAUACCGGUGGGCAGCUUGGUUGCCAUUGUAGGUGGAACUGGAGAAGGUAAGACGUCACUUGUCUCCGCAAUGCUGGGAGAGUUAUCUCAUGCUGAAACCUCAAGCGUUGUUAUUAGAGGAUCCGUAGCUUAUGUUCCUCAAGUUUCAUGGAUCUUCAAUGCCACUCUGCGUGAAAACAUCUUAUUUGGGUCAGAUUUUGAGUCUGAAAGAUACUGGAGGGUUAUUGAUGUGACUGCCUUACAACACGAUCUUGAUUUGCUUCCAGGCCGUGAUCUUACUGAGAUUGGAGAACGUGGGGUGAAUAUUAGUGGAGGGCAGAAGCAGAGAGUUUCAAUGGCUAGGGCAGUCUACUCAAAUUCAGAUAUUUACAUAUUUGAUGAUCCUUUCAGUGCUUUAGAUGCUCAUGUUUCUCACCAGGUCUUUGAUAGCUGCAUGAAGGAUGAGCUGAAGGGGAAAACAAGGGUUCUUGUCACAAAUCAGCUACAUUUUCUUCCUUUGAUGGAUAGAAUCAUUUUAGUCUCCGAAGGAAUGAUUAAAGAGGAGGGAACCUUUGCAGAGCUGUCAAAAAGUGGGAGUUUGUUCCAGAAACUAAUGGAGAAUGCAGGUAAAAUGGAUUCAACCCAAGAGGUGAAUAAAAAUGAAGAGAAAAGCUUGAUGCCGGAUCCUACUGUCACGAUUGAUCUAGACAGUACCACGCAAGGGAAACGGGGAAGAUCUAUGCUUGUAAAGCAAGAAGAGCGGGAAACUGGCAUCAUUAGUUGGGAUGUUGUGAUGAGGUAUAAUAAAGCAGUAGGCGGCUUAUGGGUAGUUAUGAUUCUCUUAGCAUGCUAUUUAACAACUGAAGUUCUCCGAGUUUUAAGUAGCACAUGGUUAAGUAUUUGGACUGAUCAAAGCACGCCAAAGAGUUAUAGUCCUGGUUUCUACAUUGUCACAUAUGCUCUUCUCGGAUUUGGUCAGGUGGCUGUCACGUUUACCAACUCUUUUUGGUUGAUCUCGUUAAGUUUACAUGCCGCUAAAAGACUCCAUGAUGCAAUGCUGAAUUCUAUCCUACGUGCUCCUAUGCUCUUCUUCGAAACAAACCCAACUGGACGUGUAAUAAACAGAUUUUCUAAGGAUAUUGGUGAUAUAGAUAGAAACGUGGCCAACCUAAUGAAUAUGUUCAUGAACCAGCUAUGGCAACUCCUCUCGACAUUUGCACUUAUAGGUAUUGUCAGUACAAUUUCAUUGUGGGCAAUAAUGCCACUCCUGAUACUGUUUUAUGCAACAUAUAUCUACUAUCAGAGCACAUCCCGCGAAGUUAGGCGUUUGGAUUCGGUUACAAGAUCACCUAUCUAUGCUCAAUUUGGAGAAGCUUUGAAUGGUUUGUCAAGCAUCCGAGCCUAUAAAGCCUAUGACCGGAUGGCAAAGAUUAAUGGAAAAUCCAUGGACAACAACAUAAGGUUCACUCUCGCUAAUACUAGCUCAAAUCGUUGGCUCACUAUAAGAUCUGAGAGUCUUGGGGGUGUCAUGAUUUGGUUAACUGCAACCUUUGCGGUUCUGCGAUAUGGGAAUGCAGAGAACCAAGCUGUUUUUGCAUCUACAAUGGGUCUCCUUCUUAGUUACACUCUGAAUAUCACUAGUCUGUUAAGUGGUGUUCUAAGGCAAGCUAGCAAAGCAGAGAACAGCUUAAAUUCUGUUGAGCGUGUUGGCAACUACAUUGAUCUUCCUUCUGAGGCUACAGAUAUAGUCGAGAACAAUCGUCCAGUAUCUGGCUGGCCUUCAAGAGGAUCAAUUCAAUUUGAAGACGUUCACCUGCGUUAUAGACCCGGGCUUCCUCCAGUAUUGCAUGGAUUGUCCUUUUUUGUUUAUCCGAGUGAGAAAAUAGGAGUGGUGGGAAGAACUGGGGCAGGAAAGUCUUCCAUGCUGAAUGCAUUAUACCGGAUUGUGGAAUUGGAAAAGGGAAGAAUCAUGAUUGAUGAUUAUGAUGUGGCUAAGUUUGGACUGACAGAUUUGCGCAGUGCCCUAAGUAUCAUACCCCAGUCACCUGUUCUUUUUUCAGGGACGGUGAGAUUCAAUAUCGAUCCAUUUAGUGAACACAAUGAUGCUGACCUAUGGGAGGCUCUACAAAGGGCGCAUAUUAAAGAUGUCAUCGACAGGAAUCCUUUUGGCUUAGAUGCGGAGGUCUCUGAGGGAGGUGAGAACUUCAGUGUGGGGCAAAGGCAACUGCUGAGUCUAGCGCGUGCAUUGCUAAGAAGAUCUAAGAUCCUUGUUCUCGAUGAAGCAACUGCAUCUGUUGAUGUCAGAACAGAUUCUCUGAUACAGAGGACCAUCCGUGAGGAAUUCAAGUCUUGUACAAUGCUUGUUAUCGCUCACAGAUUGAGUACCAUCAUCGACUGCGACAAGAUCCUUGUGCUUAGUUCUGGUCAGGUUUUGGAGUAUAAUAGUCCACAAGAAUUGCUAUCAAGAGAUACAAGCGCCUUCUUUAAGAUGGUUCAUAGCACUGGACCAGAAAAUGCCCAGUACCUUACCAACUUGGUCUUUGAAAGGAGAGGGAAUGGAAUGAGUGUGGGUGGAUAAAAAUAGACACCAGCCUUCGAA